AUGGGAAGACUAGCUGUGUCCAGAGAAAAAGUUGAGGGUGCAAGAACCAUAGAUGAACUGUCACAUGCCUACAUCUCCUGCCAGGUGGCAUUCUCUGACUUGGAGCUGCAGUAGGUCCGCAAGACCGACUAGCAUUGCUAAAAUCUACAUCUCCAAGUGGCCAACAUGUCCCAUGUUACCACUGAAAGCCUUGAGGACCAGCAGGCUGUGCAGGAGGAGGACAAGAACAUAGCCACCUACUACACUGUCUGUAGCAAGAAGUUUGCCACUUUCAAUGCCUUUCCAGAUUAUCUUAAGUCCUGGUGGCAUAUGGAGAUGAAGGUGGUGCAGGCUGUGAAUCACCAAGAAAAGAUGAUGAACAAGAACUCGGAGAAGGAACUAAGUGUAGAUAGUGUGGGCAAGCAGAUGAAGAAGAUGAUCAAUCAGCAGGUAUAGGAAAGCAAGGAAGAGAAAGAGGAAGAAAAGAAAGAGGAAGACCUAGAUAAAGAAAACACUGACGCCAUGGGCCACAUGGAGGAUAUGAAAGAUGAAGAGUCUGAGCAAAGCCCACACACAGGUGCCAUCACCACUGCACAGUGCUUGUUUUCUUUUCGCUACUGAGUAUCCCACACAAAGAAUGUGACUCACAGGACUGAAAUCCAUAGCUUCCUUAUUCCUCAUAUAGUUCUCUCAGACAUGAAAUGACCGAUUAAUGACAUGAGAGUUGGCAAGAUUUACUUGUGGUACCAUGAGAGAGGAAAGUUGUUCUACCCUUCAGAAGCUGUCCAGGCACCCAAGAAUGACAAAAGCCAUUGCAAGCUCUCACAUAUGGCAUGUUUAGAAUUCCCAGACGUCUGUGAUUUUAAUAGUAGCUACCCAGAUCAUAGGGAGGAUGAAGCUAAGGAGUUGCCUUCAGAUAAGAACUUGGAAUGGGAUAAUAAAACCAUGGUUCUGAUCUUACGUGCCAGAUCAGCUCCUCGUUCCUUGAUGAGGUACCACAGAUGGUAAUUUGGCUUAUCAAGGGCUGUGGAAACCAGAAGGCUGUGGGCAGGAGCAGCUCUCUAUGUCUAAUGGAUGAAAUCAAAGAGGAGGCUGAAGACAGGAAUGAACAAAGCCAGCCAACAGAUGCAUGUCAGGACCUAG